GGAAGUGUCGUUGUGGAAGGAGUGUCCGCAGCGCGCGUGGCCGUGAUGGUUGUGUCGCUGCUGAUUUGAGACAGCACUUAAAACAAGAAUAUUUACAAAAGGAAGAAAUAUGGAGGCCACGGACACUGAAGGCGUGAUGUCCAGUCAGUGUGAAGUGGGUAAUAAAGCAACCGGAAAGUUGUCACCUGAACCAGAUGAAGAUGAACUGCAGGGCCAUGAAGUCAUACCUGAUCCGGGUGUAACAGAGCAAAUGGAGACAGGUGUGUCUGGGACUGUGGAGAUGGACUCUGUGGGCCAUGGAGUUGUUUCUGAGACGUCUACAGCUGAGAUCACUCCAAACCUGAAUGAGGCCAUGGAGACAUGCAUGUCUGAACGGGACAGAGCUCAGCACCCUGUAGAGAAAGAUUCUACAGGCCGUGAAGUCGUACCCGUGACUUCGGGACCAGCAGAGGUCACCCAUCACUCAGAGGGGAAGGAGGAGAUGGAGUCGAGUGUGUGUGAACAGAACGGAGAUCAGCACUCUGACUCUGAGAAGAGGACUGUAGAGAAAGACAUAGUGAGUCCUCUCCUUGGGGGAGGAGGAUCUCUGGCUCUGCUAGGUGUGCAGUAUAGAGACGGGAGCUCAGACGACGUCUCGGACAGUGAUUCAGACUCCUCUUCAUCUACAUCUUCCUCAUCCUCGUCUUCCUCAUCCGACCCCGUCAUCAUGAAUGAAUUUGAGCAGGAUGAAGGGGAAGGUGGUGCUGCUCCUGGGAAAAAAACUGCACCGUUAAAAACUCAAGAUGAGCUGCUUAUUGAGGACCUUCCUGCAGUGGAGAAUCUGACCAUCGGCCUUCCUGAAGACACCGACAUGGAGCCAGUUGGAAUCAUCUCAAGCAUCGUGGAUCAACUCGUUAUUAUUGAAUCUAAAAAAGACACUCCACCCCUGAACGAAGACAGCAUCUUAUUCAGCAAGGGCAGGGUGUCUAUCGGCAGGGUGUUUGAAGUCUUUGGUCCAGUGUGCCAGCCGUAUUACAUCCUGAGAUUCAACUCUGAGGAGGACAUACAACAGAAGGACCUCAAAAUAAGGGAUCUGGUGUAUUUUGCCCCCAAAAUCAAAGAUUUCACAGAGUACAUCUUUGUAGAACAGAUCAAGCAAACUAAAGGAUCUGAUGCUUCUUGGAAAAACGAUCAGGAGCCUCCACCUGAGGCUCUGGAUUUUAGCGAUGACGAAGAGGAGAGGGUGGCUAAGCAGAAACUGAAGGCACUGAGAAGACCACAGCAGCAGAAACAUGAAGAGUCUGACUCAGACAGUGAAUCCUCUGCCAGCCGACCUCCACCUCCACCAAGGAGAAAACCCCGGCAGAACAGGAACCCAGCACGUGGCCGACCCGCUCAUCACGAGCAUCACGGCGGCUUCCACGCUAACUACCACGCCAAUCCUCACUUUCAGCAGGACUUCAUUCAGUAUCCUCCUGACCCGUACAGACCUCCCUUCCUAGGUCACGGGUUCCCUCCUCCCUACCCCCGAGCCCCACCUCCCCACAUGGGUAUAGACCCCUGGCAUCCCUGCCCUUACCCAGGACCCAUGUUCUACCCUCCACCACCACCACCACCACCACCACCACCUCCGUCAAACUAACAGAACUAUCUCAGAGCUGGGGCAGGAAUCGAAAUGUUUUUUUUAAAAAGAAACUUCUUUAAAGGUGUCAUGGUGGAUAUGGAUGUGUAUAGAAGAAAUGAAUGGAACAUAUACAUGGAGAUGUAUUUUUGUAAGUCUUUACCAGGUACCAGUCUUUACUUUUCCUUGUUGCUAUGGAUGUAACUGAACAAUAUUCUGAAUGAAUGACCAUCAGUUGUAAAUGGAUAAAGAAUAGGAGGCAUGUUGUUUUUUUUGUUCCUCCUACAGGAUGGGUUCAGACUAGAGGUGUGUUUUGGGAGUGGGAUUAAGAAAAAUAGGAUUAGGAUAAAUACAGAUCCUUUCAGAGCGCUAAACAGAUUACAUCUUUUGCACCUUUUAGUCUAUAUCUUUCACAUGGAAAUAUGAAUAUAUAGAGUAAAUAUACAUUGUUAUAAUGUAAGCUAUGUAAAUGGACCUUAUAAGGACCACUGAUUGUACCUUGCUUUAUUCUAAAGGCUAAUUAAUGAUGCAGCACAUGCUCCUUCCUAGUUAAAAAAAUACAUGUUAAAGUACAAAAGGUGUACACUUGAUGAUCUCACUCCAGCAACAAGGAAAAGUACUGAUAAAUCAGACAAUCUGUGUUUUUUUUUAUUAAAUAAAAUAAUAAGACCUCAU